AUGGACCUUGAUUUUGUUGGUUUUCCAUUCACUUGGCACAAACACUAUCCCAAUUUUACUAUAUGGGAAAGAUUAGACCGAGCAGUUGCUACUAAUAAGUGGUUCUCAAUGUUUGCAGGUACAAAGGUGCACCACUUAGAUGUCACAUCAUCAGACCACAAAGCAUUAUGGAUUUCACUAGAGCAUAUGCAUUGCAAUUUUCAAAAACCCUUCCGCUUUGAACAAAUGUGGUUGACUGACAAGGGUUGUAGUGACACCGUGGAGGCUGUGUGGAGUAUAAAUUGCAAUGAAUCAUGGGAUACCCGUGUGCUAAGGAAGAUUGAGUCAUGUGGGGUUGCUUUGUCAAAAUGGAGUAAAAAGUCCUUUGGUAGUGUCAAGAAACAAUUGGAAUCUGCUCAUAAACGACUGAAAGCAACUGAGAACCAUGCUAUCCGGUCUAGAGACUCAAGCCGCAUGAGAUUGCUGGAGGAUGAGGUUAAUCAACUUCUUGAUAACAAAGCCAAAAUGUGGAGGCAGCGGUCCAAAAUUGCAUGGCUCCGUGAUAGUGAUCGUGAUACUCGAUUUUUCCAUAACAAAGCCUCUCAACGCUGUCGACGGAACUAUAUUGCCAAGUUGCAUGAUGCUAAUGGAGGAUGGUGCUCAAGCCAAGAUCAAGUUAAUGCCACCAUUGUAGACUUCUAUCAAAAUCCCUUUACCUCGGGUAGCCCUAGCAAUUUUGAGGAGGUUAUUGAGACUAUUCCACAUGUUGUAACUGAUGAGAUGAAUGAUAUGCUUAUGGCUGAAUUCCAUAUUGAGGAAGUGGAGGUUGCUCUGAAGCAGAUGGCACCCCUAAAAGCCCCCGGUCCGGAUGAUAAUAUAUCGGUGGCAUUUGAGACUCUACACUAUAUGCGGAACCACAAUAAGGGGAAAUCUGGCUUUAUGGCCUUGAAUCUUGAUAUGAGCAAGGCAUAUGAUAGGCUAGAGUGGGAGUACAUGGAGAGAGUGAUGAUAAAGAUGGGUUUCCAUACUCGGUGGAUACAAUUAAUGAUGAUGUGUAUCACUACAGCCUCUUACUCGGUGCUAAUUAAUGGGGAGCCCCAUAGGCAUAUCACUCCAACUCGUGGUUUGCGCCAGAGAGAUCCAUUGUCCCCCUAUCUUUUCCUCAUGUAUACUAAAGGUCUACAUGGUUUAAUUAGUAAGGCAGCCCACAAUGGUGACAUUCGGAGUGUAUCUCUUUGCCGGAAUGGACCUAGGAUCACUCACCUAUUUUUUGCCGAUGAUAGCCUCCUUUUUUGCAAAGCUAGAGAAGAGGAACGUCAAAGCUUGCUUGAAGUGUUGGCAAAGUAUGAGAGAGCUUCUGGGCAGCAAAUCAACCAUACUAAAACCACUAUUUUCUUCAGUAAAUCCACCAAUGCAAACACUCAAAUAACGAUUCAAAACUUGUUGGGUGUUAUUGCUAUUCGGCACUAUGAGAAAUAUCUUGGACUUCCUUCAUUAAUGAGUCAUAAUGAAAAGGAAAGAUUCACAUACAUCAAGCAGCAAGUAUGGAAGAGAAUUCGAAGGUGGAAGGGUAAAUUACUCAGUCAAGCGGGUAGGGAGAUACUAAUUAAGGCGGUGGUGCAAUCCCUCCCAACUUAUACCAUGGCAUGCUUCAAACUUCCUACUUCACUUUGUCACAAUCUUGAGUGCAUGAUUUGUAGAUUUUUUUUGGGGCAAAGGGGUGAUAAUAGGAAGAUUCACUAG